AUGACUCUUACAUUUCAUAUUCGUCCGGCUAACGUAAACGACGUGGACGCCAUGCUCAAGUUGGUUCGAGAUCUUGCGAUGUAUGAAAAAGAACCCGAGUCUGCAAGGGCUACCCCUGCUCUGUUUCGAGAGAAUAUAUUCGAAAAGAAAUAUGCGCAUACCCUCCUCGCGUUUGAUGGAACGCCUGAGGCACCCGGAAUAGCAUUGGGCAUGGCCCUGUAUUUCUUCAAUUUCUCAACAUGGACAGGCAAGCCUGGCCUCUUUCUUGAGGACUUGUAUGUAUCCCCGCAUGCAAGAAAUAAGGGCAUUGGCAAAGCCCUUUUCGCGGAGCUGGGCAAGAUAGCUCAGGAGAAGGACUGCGCACGCCUUGAUUGGUCGGUACUCAAGGCAAGUCACAAUUGGCUGAUCUGGAACACUCCAUCGAUCGCAUUUUAUGAAAAGAAAUUGGAGGCUAAAGCAAUGGAAGAAUGGAUGGGUAUGCGGCUGGAGGAACAAGGAAUCGAGAAUCUGCAGAAGCUUGUCGUCCACGCGGCCUGA